AUGAAAUCUACACCGGCUUGGAGUCAAUUAUUUCUAUUUGAUUUUUUUAUUGUUUUUUCAUUAAUUGAUUUUUGUAAUUCACAUGGUAGAUUACUUGAACCACCACAAAGAGGUUCAAUGUGGCGUUUUGGAUUUGAGGUACCAGCUAAUUAUAAUGAUAUGAGUAAUUAUUGUGGUGGAAAAGAAAAUCAAUGGACUUCACAAAAUGGUCGAUGUGGUUUAUGUGGAGAUCCAUUUCAAGGUCCUCGGGAUCAUGAAGAUGGUGGUAUAUAUGCAACAGGUAUCAUCGGUCGUACAUAUGAAUCAGGUGAAAUGAUUAAUACAACGAUUGAUAUAACUGCUAAUCAUUUUGGUUAUUUUGAAUUUCGAUUAUGUCCAAUGAACAUGGGACAUUCUCGUCGGCCACGUCGUUUAACUCAACAUUGUUUAGAUGAAUAUCUUUUAAAAAUAGGUCCAAAUCUCAUGCAGCUGAUAUUGCUAUCAACUAUUUUACUGACUAUGAUAUUUUCAUUAAUCAAUGCUGGUAUGUUAUUACAUGUUGAGCAACCAACUUUUGAAACACGUGUAAAACAUGCGGAAACAAUUUUAUUUGGUCGUUUUAAUUGGGCAAUACCUGUCAGUAAUAAUGAUCAUUUAAAUGAUGUCUAUUCUAAUAAACAAAAUACAUUUGAAUUUAUUGUUUAUUGUACAAUAAAGAAAAGUAAAGCACCUGAUAAUGUUUCACGUUAUAUUCGUGUUACUAUUGAACAUAAUGAAACUGAAAUUGAUAUGAGAAAAAAUCGUUGGUUUAUAUUAUUUCCUACAAAGAGUGAUAUAAAUAAUAUAUGGAUCAUUCAUAAUCGAAGUGAUGCAUUCGAUUUAGAAGAUGAUUUAGAACUUCGAAUUUUUGAACAAUUUUGUUUUCUUAAACCAAAACUUCCUUAUGGUUUUCCAAAUAGUGGUCUUCUCAAUCGUUGUCCAAAACCAAGUGCUGAACAUUGUUUAAAAAAUGGUACACGUAUUCGUCAUGAUGAAUUACUUGAAUUGAAAACUUUUCUUACAAGUACAACAACUCGAAAACCAAAAUUAAUAAAAUCUAAACGAAUUAUUCGAUCAAAACCAGUUAUUAAACAAAAACGAUUUAUUGAACCAGUUUGGUAA